ACUUUUAAAAAUAACCAUUUUCCUCAGUAUUUUCAUUCUCAAAAUCCUCACAAUACAAAAAUAAAAAGAAAAAGAAAAAAUGACCAUCAAAUUGACCUCUAUUUUCUCCGUGACUCUCUCAAUUUUGUUAAUUUCUUCAUUUUUCUUCCAAAUCUCCACCGCGUUGGGCGGCGCACCAGGUAGUUGGAAGCCUUUAACAGACGUAAAUGCCCCUGAUGUGGUGGCGAUCGGGCAGUUUGCGGUGAAUGAGCACAAUAAAGCGGAAGGGACAAAGUUGGAAUUUCAAAAUAUCGCGAAAGGAGAAACUCAAGUCGUUGCCGGCACAAAUUAUCGACUUGUUAUCAACGCCAAGGACGGCGGUUCUGUUCAUAAAUAUUUGGCUGUUGUUUGGGAUAAGCCUUGGGAGAAAGUUAAGAAGCUUACUUCUUUCAAAAAAAUGUGAGGUUCGUUUUUUCAGAACGAGCGUGAUCUUAUUAUUAAUACGAGUAUAUAUUUUCGUGUUUUUUCGUAUUUAUAUAUAGUUGAAUUAUGUUUAUGGAAUUCGUCCUAGAUCCGCCUCGUUGAUUAAUGAAGAAAAAAUGAGAAAAUGUGAUGUUGGUGUAUGUAGGGUUAGUUGUUUCUUUAUGUGUAAUAUUUGAAGACUUGUAAUAAAAGUAAAGAUAUGGUGUUUUGUUUCA